CCUGGUUUUUACUGGAUCCCACUCUGGAAGAUCAUUAAAAUCCAGAGGAAAUUGGUUUUCCACUCCCUAAAUUCCACAUGCAUUUUAGAAAAAUAGCACCCCCAAAUGUCAUCUUUGAUAUUACAGCUAACUGAGCCUGAAAUAUCACCCGGGGCACCUGUGAGGAAUGCCCCAAAUAAUUUAGAGUUAAUGAGGCGUCUUAUCUCCUGUAUUCUCCAGUUUCUUUCCUGGUACUAAAUCAAAGGUUUGUUCCUGGUACUGAAUCAAAGGUUGCAGAAUGUCCUUGCAAACUAUGAGUUUGCUUUGCACAUUCUUUUUUUUUCUUUUUUUAUAAUUGUUUAAACUUUCACUUUGGCUGUGGACUUUGACACACACCUGAGGUGCAACACAAAGUAGAAAUCCCCGGUCACCUGGUUUCCAGGAAAGGGAACACCCAGUUUGUGAAAUAAGUUUUUAACAAAAGACAGCAGAGAAAAAAGUAACUCUUGUGCCCGAGGUAGCCAUGGCUGCUGGAGGUCUUGCUGAGGAUCUCUCCAGACGUCAGAGGGGAACAUGGAGCUUCUGCGAAAAACACCAGGAACCCCGGAAACUCUUCUGUAAAAACCACAAAACCGCCAUCUGUGUGAUUUGUGACAAAGCCAAGGAACACAAAAAACACAAGGUUGUUCCUCUGGAUGAAGCGCCUGAAAUAUACAAGGUAGGAAAUCACAUUUUCUAUGGAGGUUGGAAAUACUAGCUAUGAGCAAGCGAGUCCUGCAACAAAAUGUUGUAGUGUGUCUCCAUGAAAGGAAUGCUCCAGUGAGCUUUGUGAUAAGAAGAAGAAGAGUUUGGAUUUGAUAUCCCGCCUUUCACUCCCUUUAAGGAGUCUCAAAGCGGCUAACAUUCUCCUUUCCCUUCCUCCCCCACAACAAACACUCUGUGAGGUGAGUGGGGCUGAGAGACUUCAGAGAAGUGUGACUGGCCCAAGGUCACCCAGCAGCUGCAUGUGGAGGAGCGGAGACGCGAACCUGGUUCCCCAGAUUACGAGACUACCGCUCUUAACCACUACACCACACUGGCUGUGUGGAGUAUUUUAUUAAGUGGAAUGGCAGAUGCUCCAAGUGUCCCUAUUUUCCAGGAACAGUCCUGGAUUUACAGAAGCUGUCCCAGUUUGAUCCUAGAAUGUCCCACUUUUCCUUAGGACGUCCCUAUUUUAACCGGAGAAAUGUUGGAGGGUAUGGUAGGAUGUCCCUACUUUCAACAGAGAAACGUUGGAGGGUAUGCAACCCCUGAGCCAAGGAGAUAAGAAACCGUACAACCUUUAAAAGACAUCUGAAGGGAGCCCUGUAUAGGGGUGUUUUUAAUGGGUGGCAUGUAAAUAAUAAAUUUAUAACUAUUAUUAUGAUGGAAUAGAACGCCCCUAUUUUCCUCAGAGAAAUGUUGGAGGGUAUGGAAUGAGAACAGGAAGUCCCUCCCCCCCAGAGUUGCCGAAUUACAAUUACAGCCAAGGCCAAGCAACCCUGGCCAUGGCCAGAGAAGCUGGAGGGAAAAAGGUUCUUAUACCUGCCCUAAGUUUGGGACUACAGUCAUACCUCAAGUUAAAUAUGCUUCAGGUCAAGCGUUUUCAGGUUAUGCUCCGCGGCAACCCGGAAGUAAUGGAACGCGUUACUUCCGGUUAUCGCUGCUCGCGCAUGCGCAGACGCUCAAAAUGACGUCACACGCAUGCGCAGAAGCUGUGAAUCGCAACCCGUGCACGCGCAGACACACAGACGCAGGUUGCAUUCGCUUCAGGAUGUGAACGGGGCUCCAGAACGGAUCCUGUUCGCAUCCAGAGGUACCACUGUAUUUGUCACCCAUAACCAGAGCAUUUCUUAUAGCUAUAUUAGAAGUCGUUCUGUAGAAUAAGAAAGGGGGAAAGUAUCCUUUGGCGAAGUAAGCUGGCCUCUGUUGCUACACCAUGUUUAUUUAUAUUCAGAAUAAAGUAAAGGUAAAGGGACCCCUGACCAUUAGGUCCAGUCGUGGCCGACUCUGGGGUUGCGGCGCUCAUCUCGCUUGAUUGGCCGAGGGAGCCGGCGUACAGCUUCCAGGUCAUGUGGCCAGCAUGACUAAAUAGCACCCCCCCAAAAAAAAAUAUUUAAAAGAAUGAAGAGUAUUAAUCAGCCAAAGGCCUUGUUGAAGAGGAACGUUUUCACCUGUCGCCUAAAAGUCUAUAAGGAAGGCGCCAGGCAAGCCUCCCUGGGGAGAGCAUCACACAAACGGGGAGCCGCUGCAGAGAAGGCCUAUUCUCGGGUUGCCACCCUCCGGACCUCUCACAGAGGAGGCCCAUGAAGAAGGGCCUCAGAUGAUGAUCUUGGGGUCUGGGUUGGUCCCUAUGGGGAGAGGCAGUCCUUGAGGUAUUGCGAUCCUGAGCCACUUAAAGCUUUACAGUGGUACCUCGGGUUACAGAUGCUUCAGGUUACAGACUCUUCAGGUUACAGACUCCGCUAACCCAGAAAUAGUACCUCGGGUUAAGAACUUUGCUUCAGGAUGAGAACAGAAAUCGUGCUGCGGCGGCAGCGGGAGGCCCCAUUAGCCAAAGUGGUGCUUCAGGUUAAGAACAGUUUCAGGUUAAGAACGGACCUCCGGAACGAAUUAAGUUCUUAACCCGACGUACCACUGUAUAGGCCAAAACCAGCACUUUGAAUUGGGCCCGGAAGCUAACUGGCAGCCAGUGCAGUCGGACCAAGAUGGGUACAAUAUGCUCAAACCGUCUUGCCCUGGUGAGCAACCUGGCCGCCGAAUUCCACACAUUAGUCCAAGUACAGUAUGUCCACCGGGUCACCUACAUCUAUUUGCUUAUUGAUGCUCUCAAAGAUCUCCGAUAGGCUUCACAGAGGCAUCUGAUUGGUCAGUGUGAGAAGAGGAUGCUAGACUUUGGUCUGAUCCAGCAGGCCUCUUGUUCUCUCUUUCUUGAAUGCGUUAUUUCCCCAAGAAAUCAGCAAGGAUGCCCUUCCCCAGGAUUUCAUUUCAAGGAGUGUUAAACCCCACUAACUUAUUCAGUCUAACCCAUUUGGGUAGCUCAGUUGGUUAGAGCAGUGUUCCUCAACCUUUUUCUGGCCUUGUUUCCUUUCUGUGGCCUCCUGACCUACCAGUAGGAAGGUAGCUAUUUUGGUUGCAAAUAGAACAUGUGUGAGACAUAUAUAUAUAUAUAUAUACAGUAGUACCUCAUACAGUACAUACUGUACAUACAGUAGUACCUCAGGUUACAUAUGCUUCAGGUUACAGACUCCGCUAACCCAGAAAUAGUACCUCAGUUUAAGAACUUUGCUUCAGGAUGAGAACAGCAAUCAUGCUGCGGCGGCAGUGGGAGGCCCCAUUAGCUAAAGUGGUGCUUCAGGUUAAGAACAGCUUCAGGUUAAGAACGGACCUCCGGAAUGAAUUAAGUACUUAACCCGAGGUACCACUGUAUAUAUAUAUUUUAUAAUUUCACCUGUGGCCCCCUUGGAAUAUCCUGAGGGCCCCCAAGGGGCCAUAUGGCCCACAGUUGAGAAACACUGGGCUAGAGCAUAGUGCUGGUAAUUCCAAGGUUGCAGGUUUGAUCCCCGUACGGGACAGCCGCAUAUCCCUGCUUUGUAGGGGGUUGGACUAGAUGACCCUUGGGGUCCUUUCCAACUCUACAAUUCUAUGUUGAAUGCUGCAAAGUGACAUGGAACAUACAGGAGACCUCCAUAAAACUCAAGUCACAAGCAUUGCAUUCAACUUUCCUCUCACUUUCUAAAUUUUGAUAUCAUAAAUACUCAAUAAAUCAAAAAAGAGAGAAAGAACCAAAGUACAAAUCAUGUUUCUUUCCAGGAUCAACUCUGCAGUCGCGAGGAGAUUUUGUGUCAAGAGAGAGAGAAGGUUCUGGCUUACGGAGCAGCCAUCUUAAAGGAAAGCCAAGACGAGCUUGUAAGUGCUGGCUGGCUGGCCACUGUGAGAACAGAUCACUGGCCUCAUCCUGCACUCCACUUCUUAUGCACUCCAUAGCUCUGCGUGAUGCUACCUGCUUUGACAUUUCCAAUUGCUUGCUAAGCUCAAAGAAAAACAAUUCUUUCUGUCCUACGGCCUUGCGACACCUCAAACUUCCCUAUGGGGAAAAGUCACAACAUCUGAGGCUUUUGAGUUUAGAAAAACAAAAGUUGAGACAAGAGGGACAUAAAAUUAUGCACAGUGUGAAGAAAGCAGAUGGACAGAAUUAUUUAUCUCUUAUACAAGAACCUGAGGGCAUUCAGUAAAACUGAAUAUUAGAUGUUUCAACACACAUAAUGCAGGUGGCACUGUGGUCUAAACUACUGAGCCUCUUGGGCUUUCUGAUCAAAAGAUUGGUGGUUCAAAUUCCCACUCCCAUUGCUCUGUCCCAGCUCCUGCCAACUUAGCAGGUCGAAAGCACACCAGUGCAAGUAGAUAAAUAGAUACCGCUGCGGCGGGAAGGUAAACGGUAUUUCUGUGCGCUCUGGUUUCUGUCACGGUGUCUCACUGCGCCAGAAGCGGUUUAGUCAUGCUGGCCAUUUGACUUCUGGUGAACCAGAGCAGCACACAGAAACGUCGUUUACCUUUUCGUCGGAGUGGUACCUAUUUAUCUACUUACACUUUGCCAUGCUUUCAAACUGCUAGGUUGGCAGGAGCUGGGACCGAGCAACGGGAGCUUGCCCUGUCGCGGGGAUUCAAACCGCCGACCUUCCGAUUGGCAAGCCCUAGGCUCUGUGGUUUAGACCACAGCGCCACUCAGGUCUAAGAGAGGCAUCUGGUUGGACAAUGUGAAAAAGAGAUGCUGGCUUGAUCCAGAUUAGAAGGACACUUUUUAUGUUCCCUCAUUCUUGAGUGUAUUCUCUUCCCAAAGCAUUGGGGAGGUCUCCCUUCCUUCCUAUCAAGGUGUGUUAAACCCCCUACUUCACUUGCACCCUGUAAUCUAUUGAAUCCAACCCAUUCAAAUGCUGCAAGAGGAUAUGGAAGGUUGCAGGAGAUCUCUGUAAAAAGCACAGGAAUGUGAGGGCAAGGAGCAAGCAUGCCAUUCAACUUUCCCCCUCGGACUUCACUUCAGAAAUAGACAAUAAAGGAACCAAAAACAAAACAAACUGGUUUCUGUUUUCUCUUCAGGAUCAAAUUGACGCUCUUGCGGAGAACCUGGAGGCGAUGAGACAGGCAGCAUUUGGAAGUGGGGAAAAACAGACACGGAAAAGAAGAUUCAAGGGCUUCUUGUAAGUGUUGCUGAUGUUGGGAAGUGAAAAAGUACAAGUCUAAAAAUAAUAAAUCGGGGGGAAAUAAAUCCAGAAAGGGUUGGAUAUUUUUUAAGCACACAAGGCCACCUUGCUUCUAUUUGGGGUUGUCCCUUUCUCCUGCAGGAAAUGACUGACUAUUCCAAGGGUGGGCACCCAUAAGCUUCUAAAAAGUUCUUUUCCUGAUUAAUGUUGUGACCUUUGUAGGGAAUUUAAAAGUGCCUUCCCCAGGCAAUGCUCAGGAAUGACGUGGUCCCUUGAUGUUGCAGAACCUGAAUAUAUUCUCCACCCUGACUCCCUUUUCUCCUCCUUCCACCAUCUAGCAAAUGGAAAUGGAAGAGAAGACAGCCUUCCUUGAACUGUCAGUCAUCUUAAGCUCUUGGGACGAGGACUGCUCUGGGCCUUUCAGGUACGUCCCUUUCCUCCCAUGUCAAGCCUCAGUCUCCGGGCGCAGAGGGAGGAGAUACCAUUCACUGUCAUACCACAUAAUUUUAUUCUAUUUAUUUUCUGCCUUCCCUCCCAUAGUCGCCCAGGGAUAGUUCCUUCCCCGGGUGAGGAAAGUACAAGGAAAAAUGCUGGGCAUUUAGUUUCAAGUGGGAGAUGAGAGAGGCAUGCUUGCUUAGAUCCAUUUCACAGAUUAUGAACACUAUUGUCCUUUGCAGCAGAAUGAAACAAAAAUUAAUUCUGCUCCGCCUUUUGCCUGGAUUGCAGAUCUCCAACACCUUUGCACCUCUCAAAAAGCAACCUUGCAGCUCUUCUUCUAUGGGGAGAAAUUGAAGAAGGGGAUUGAGGAGGAGGAGGAGGAGGAGUAGAAGCCAUUGCAGAGCUGGAAACAUCUGAAGCUGUAGGAAGGACCUAGAAACAUCAAGUGGAGUCUCACUAUUACCUUUCAAGUUAAGAAAAGAUCAGCCGGCCAGCCAAGGACAGUAAUCAUCAUAGAGGCUGUGGGGAAUGUCCUGAGCAGUCUGAAGGAAAUCAUAGAUGGGAGGAACUACUGCCUAGAAAGCGUCUCCUUUCAGGCAGUUGCGUGUCGAGACCCCGCAGCCACCCCCUCGUUGGAAAUAACUCACACAAGGACACGGAUAUUAGGUUUAUGUUAUUGGGCAAAUUUUGGCCACAACUUUAUUGAAAUUACAGAAUGUGAGCAGUAUUGGCUUAGCCAUUGAUUGGACCUGACUAUAUCUGACUCCUGCCCACUGUGCGGGAAGUCCCCAGUGAGGGUAAGCCACUGGUAGGAGGAGCCCUGUCAAUGCGGACCAACUCAAGAUCCCCCUGGUGUUCCCGUCAGGGUCGUGUCAAGGCCUUAGCCCCCCAGGCGGGCUUCAGACUAGAUCAACACCCCCGGGUUCCUUUAACGGAAUACCCUUAAGCAUGGAGGGGCAGGUGAUGGCCACACCUCCCCUCCCCCACACAAGGUCAAACAAUGCCUAACCGCAACCCUAACAAAGUUGUGGAGAUUACUACGAGGUAGGUGAAAACCAAGUGGCCAGUGCCAAUUUGCCAAGUGGAAAAAUUCCUACCAGGCCCCUCGGACAACCAAGGCGACCAACCAAAGUCCAUAGCAAGGCCAGUGCCUAACCUGUAAAAUAGGGAGGGGGGCGGGUGAUUGAGGAAGCGAGCCAAAGAGGAAGUCCUCUGGUUCACUCCUCCGUUUAAACGGCCCCCCUAGCCAGCGGGUUGGCUGGCCGGGCUCUGACGUGGCCAGGAUCACCCAGGCAAUGGGGGACAAAGUCCCCCGCCCCCAGUGGGGAGUGGGUGGCCAUGCGGUCCACCGCAACUCCUCCCCACUGCGAAGUGGAGCGGAUCUGCCAAUAAACAAUUCCCUGUCCCACCCCAAAAAUAAUUUACAUUCAUAGGAUCAUAGAGCCAUCUAGCCCAACCCUGUGCAAUUCAGGGAUCUUUCGCUGGGAGGAAACCGGAAGGGGAAUCAGGACUGAAUUUUUGUGUCCAUAGACACCCAGGCUUGAUUCUGGUCCUGAUCACAAAUUUCUGGGUUGAGCAUAUAUUGUCUGCCUGGCAAAGCCACUGUUGCGCCCCUGUCUCUGGUUGGCUGACCUUAACAUUCUGGUUAAAAACCAAAGCAGAACCUGGAAGCCAGAAACCUAGGGGGGCCCCACAAGCAGGACCCCAGGUCUGCAUUUGCAAGAACCUGGUCAUUUGGUGCAGCAGCAUCUACAUUUUGGGACUCCCUGCCUCUUGAUAUUAAGUAGGUGCCUUCACUGUGUUCUUUUUGGUGCCUGCUAAAAACAUUCUAGGGGACACAGGUGGCGCUGUGAGUUAAACCACAGAGCCUAGGUCUUGCCAAUCAGAAGGUUGGCGGUUCGAAUCCCCAGGAUGGGGUGAGCUCCCGUUGCUCGGUCCCUGCUCCUGCCAACCUAGCAGUUCAAAAGCACAUCAAAGUGCAAGUAGAUAAAUAGGUACCGCUCUGGUGGGAAGGUAAACGGCGUUUCCGUGCGCUGCUCUGGUUCGCCAGAAGCGGCUUAGUCAUGCUGGCCACAUGACCCGGAAGCUAUACGCCAGCUUCCUUGGCCAAUAAAGCAAGAUGAGCGCCGCAACCCCAGAGUCAGCCACGACUGGACCUAAUGGUCCUUUUACCUUUACUAAAAAUAUUCUGGUUUCGUCAAGCCUACCCAGAUGCUUAGAAAAUAAGUUUUAGUAGUUUAACUUCUGGUAUAUUUUAUUCCCCCCCCCCCCCCGAUUUUAUCUUUCUGUAAACUACUUUGGUGUUGUUGGUUUUUUUGUUUUUGUUUUACAAAACAAGUGGUGUAUACUUUUUUAUGAAAUAAAUAAGCAAGUAAGUAAGAGCGCUUUCUCCUUCUUCUGCUCUGCAGAGACUGGAAUUGGGAGGAAUGGUUCCUUUGAUCCUGGAGGUGAUUUAUAGCCAUCAUGAAUCAUAGCCAUUUAAAGCUGUGUCCUCUAUGACUUGGAUGGAAUGAAUAAAUAAAUAAAUAAAUAAUCACAGGCUCACCCUAUUCACACACAAAUAUGCCCUUAAGAAUGGAUUUGUAAGCAAAAAGACAAUGGGAAGGCUUUCCCAAUUUUUCUCCCUUACUGCAGAGGAAUAUUUGGGGUCAAAAUGGCUUCAGGAUUGCUCUCCCGUACUAUUUCAGACACAUG